UGUGCGCAGGGAGCCCGCGUCCUUUCCCUGGUGCGAUUCCGUCUUGCGCGUCAGUGCUGCCGAGCAGUAGUCGUUUAUCUCCGUCCGUCUUCUCUCCUACCUAAGUGCGUGCCACCACCCCAUGGAAGAUUCGAUGGACAUGGACAUGAGCCCCCUGAGGCCCCAGAACUAUCUUUUCGGUUGUGAACUAAAGGCCGACAAAGAUUAUCACUUUAAAGUGGAUAAUGAUGAAAAUGAGCACCAAUUAUCUUUAAGAACGGUCAGUUUAGGGGCUGGUGCAAAGGAUGAAUUGCACAUUGUUGAAGCAGAGGCAAUGAAUUAUGAAGGCAGUCCAAUUAAAGUAACACUGGCAACUUUGAAAAUGUCUGUACAGCCAACGGUUUCCCUUGGGGGCUUUGAAAUAACACCACCUGUGGUCUUACGGUUGAAGUGUGGUUCAGGGCCUGUGCAUAUUAGUGGACAGCACUUAGUAGCUGUAGAGGAAGAUGCAGAGUCAGAAGAUGACGAGGAGGAGGAUGUGAAACUCCUAAGUAUAUCUGGAAAGCGCUCUGCCCCUGGAAGUGGUAGCAAGGUUCCACAGAAAAAAGUAAAACUUUCUGCUGAUGAAGAUGACGACGACGAUGAUGAUGAUGAUGACGACGAAGAUGAUGAUGAUGAUGAGUUUGAUGAUGAGGAAGCUGAAGAAAAAGCUCCUAUAAAGAAAUCUGUUCGAGAUACUCCAGCCAAAAAUGCACAAAAAUCAAACCAGAAUGGAAAAGACUCAAAACCAUCAACACCAAGAUCAAAAGGUCAAGAAUCCUUCAAAAAACAGGAAAAAACUCCUAAAACACCGAAAGGGCCUAGUUCUGUAGAAGACAUUAAAGCAAAAAUGCAAGCAAGUAUAGAAAAAGGUGGUUCUCUUCCCAAAGUGGAAGCCAAGUUCAUCAAUUAUGUGAAGAAUUGCUUCCGGAUGACUGACCAGGAGGCUAUUCAAGAUCUCUGGCAGUGGAGGAAGUCUCUUUAAGAAAAUAGUUUAAACAGUUUGUUAAAAUUUUCCGUCUUAUUUCAUUUCUGUAACAGUUGCUAUCUGGCUGUCCUUUUUAUAAUGCAGAGUGAGAACUUGCCCUACCGUGUCUGAUAAAUGUUGUCCAGGUUCCAUUGCCAAGAAUGUGUUGUCCAAAAUGCCUGUUUAGUUUUUAAAGAUGGGACUCCACCCUUUGCUUGGUUUUAAGUAUGUAUGGAAUGUUAUGAUAGGACAUAGUAGUAGUGGUGGUCAGACAAAUGGAAAUGGUGGGGAGACAAAAAUAUACAUGUGAAAUAAACUCAGUAUUUUAAUAAAGUAGUACUGUUUCUC